UGCUGUCCCCCCUCCUUCCCGCUUCCGGUCCGUCGCUGUUCCUUCCCCGGGUGCGAAACUGCCCUUUGUAUGUUUCUCCGCCAUCCUCCGGGCCAUGGAGGCGCCGCGGGAGCCUUAGGAGGGGAGAUGCCCAGGCGGAGGGGAAAAGCUGCAACAAUCCAGUUAGCAACCAAGAUGGCAGAAUGUGGCUUUCUACGGUCAGGGCCAAGAGUGAACCAAAGCAAAAGGGACCCUCAUAUGUUCCUCUCAGGAGCAGCUUUGCCACAGAACAAACAGGAACCAGACGAGGGGUUCCAACCACGGCAGGAAUCGUGGCAGCAGGAAAAGGACCCCAACUCAGUGCUGUCUCCUUAUUCGGUGUGGAGGCCAUCACGGUUAUUUCAACCGGUCUCUGAUGAGGACAUGAAAGAAUUUAAGACUUCUUACCAAUCGUUGAAAGGUGCCAACCAAUUGCCUAGGGGUGGAGGAGGUGCAAUAGCGAUGCAUACUUUCCCGGACCUUGGUCGAAAAACUCAAGAAGCCUGUGAAAGUUUGGACAGUUCUGGAAGGUUGAAGGAGCAGGUUCCAGAGAUGGCCGACCCAGAUCGAUUGGAGAUCAAGCGCCAGCACUUCCGGCAUUUCUGUUACCAGGAGAUCGAAGGGCCCCGGGCAGUCCUGAGAAAACUGCAGGAGCUUUGCUGCCAGUGGCUGGUGCCAGAGAGGCACACCAAGGAGCAGAUUGUGGACCUGGUGAUCUUGGAGCAGUUUCUGACCAUCCUGCCUUUGGAGAUGCAGAUCUGGGUGUGCAAAAGUGGACCCGCCACCUGCACCCAGGCUCUGGCCCUGGCCGAAAGCUUCCUCUUGAGGCUGCAAGAGGCCGAGAACCAUGCACCAAAGGGCAUUGGACUAAUGGAGGAAGCAUUUGUCAAUUCUCCAGCACCAAAGCAGGACUUGCCAGAUGCUGUUGACAUCUGCAUCUCUGAGGUAGAAGAGGAGGCGACCAUCUUGAUGGGUGGUGAAGUCCGCCCCCGGCAACUGGGGAUGAAGAUCCCGGCAGCAGUCCGCAGCGCUGAUACUUCGUCGAUCGUUGUGGAGUUGCAAUUACCCGAGGAUUCUGUGGAGCAAAAGUCUGCCGGCCCAGCCCCUCGACGGAAAGUGCCGUGGUCCGGCUUUGAGAAAGCCUUUACGUAUGUGCGCCAGAGGGGGAAAAACUUGGUGGUGCAAUGCAAUUUCUGCCUGCCAGCCUACAAGACUGUGAGCGCAGCCAUUACCUCCUCGUCCAAUCUGAAGAAACAUUUGGAGAGGGCUCAUCCCGAGAAACUGAAAAUAAUUGAAAGUGCAAAGAGGGUAAGGAGACGGGGCUAUUCUGUAGAACUGAGGCAUGAUGACGAGACCCCAGCUCUCAAAAUGCCCAAGCAGCAGCCAGAGUCACAGGCAGGCCCAGAGAAAUGGGGAUGUGGCAAGGAGACAGUCACCCAGAGGAUUCUUGAUAAGAAAAUCAUGGAUUUCAUUGUGGAGGAGACGCUGCCAUUUGAAACGGUGGACAGAGCAUCGUUCAUCGGGUUGGUUCGCCUUGGUCUCCCAAAAGGCCUCAGCAUCAUGUGUGCCAACACCCUGAGGGACAGAAUUCAGAAGAGGGCGGCCAGCAUGCGGGAAACGCUUGUGAGCCGGAUGGGUGUCGUCUCCCAUGUGGCAACCACUGCUGACUGCUGGACCAUCGGGAAGAGGAGCUUCCUGGGGGUCACGGCCCACUGGAUCAGCCCCACUACUCUGAAGCGGGAGUUUGGGGCCUUGGCGUACAAGCGCUUAAAAGGACACCUCACGUACAGUGUCCUUGUCAAAGCCCUCCAUGAUGUUCAUAUGCAAUACCAGAUUCACAGCAAAGUUAUGUGUACCACCACGGACAAUGGCUCCAACUUUGUGCAAAUGUUUCGGGGAUUUAGGGCUGAGGAACUCAGAGAUGCUACGGGAACCAGCAUAGAGGGAAAUGACAAGGAAGGAGACGGUGACAACCAGGAAGAGCCAGAGGUGACAUUUGUCCCAAUCUCCGAACUUUUGGACACUUGUAACAAGGCAGCGGAAGAAAGAGUGGGCUCCAAAGAUUUCAGCUUGCCACCACUCCAGCGGUGUGUCAGCCACUCACUCAAUCUGGUGGCAACACAAGACGUAGAUGCCUUGAUUUCAGACUCUUCCAAAAAUAGCCUUCACGGUCCUUUCUGGAGACAUUUUCGUUCCUUGAUGGAGAAGUGCAACAAACUGUGGUCCAAGCACAAAGGAUCCAAACAGUUUGCAGAGUAUGUCCGUGAGCAGUCCGGUGUAUACUUGAAAGUACCAAACCAGACCCAGUGGAACGUCACCUUCAAUGCACUUAAGCAGCUGAAUGAACUCCUCUCUAAUAUGCCGCUAAAAGUGGGUGCCCUUACGGACCAGUGCUCCAUGGCCAGGUUCACACCGGCUGAGAGCAUAGUGUUGCAGGAGUACACUGAGAUCAUGUGGCCGCUAGCCCAGUCUCUUGAUAUCCUGCAGCGGGAGAAUGGCAUGUUUAUGGGGUACCUGUUGCCUACUUUGUACAAUUUGGACCGCAAAUUACAAGGGCUGGAAAACAAGCCCGUCAAAUACACGUACUGUCUUCCGCUCUUGAGGGGGAUCCGUGAAGCCCUAAGGAAGCGGUUUGCGGGUAUUUGGGAGGACAAGAAGCUUCUUCUGGCAGCCUGCUUACACCCUCGAUUCAAAGUGGACUGGCUGGAUUCAGCCAAGACUGUUCAUAUCAACAGGUACAUGAUGGAAGCUUUGGUGAAGGCUGAAAUCAGGGGCAUGGUGAGUGAGGAAAAUGACCGGUCUUCAGAGAAAGACCAGGAGAGCGACAGUCUGGAAGACGACUUCUUCAACAUCCGGCCGCGGGGCAAGAAGUCAGCUGUGGACAGUGCCGACGAGGAAGUCUGGGAUUUUCUGAAGUGCCCCAGCCGGGAAGUGUCCUCCCUGCAUGCCUUUCCGCGUAUCAUGCAGAGCUUCCUGCAAUACAACACCGGCAUGCCUUCCAGCGCUGCGGCAGAGCGCCUCUUUUGCACAGAGGACCGGGGUGCGACGGCCAAAAGACACUCCUUGUCCGACGAGGUCUUUGAGCAGCUGGUUCUUCUGAGGCAGAACAGGGCGCUCUUUUAAAAACAGCACUUGAAGUGUAGCUUUUACUCUCCUGAUUGUAUAAAAUAUCUCUGUGCAUAUUUCUUGGGGUAUUUGUUGCUAGACAAGAGGCAGAGCUGGGCAUAUUGUCGUGCCACUCUUAUUAUGGCAUUCUCAUAUUAUGAAUCCUAUGGAUAAAAGUGCUUUUUAUUCUA